CUGCGCAUAAGAGUAGGGGCGUUGAGUCAGGCCAGCGGUGGAGGAAAGUGGUAGAGAGCGUGAAGCCUCGCCAUGAAGACCCGCUUUAGCACCGUUGACCUCCGCGCGGUACUCGCGGAGCUGAAUGCCCGCUUGCUAGGAAUGAGAGUAAACAAUGUUUACGAUGUGGAUAAUAAGACGUAUCUUAUUCGUCUUCAAAAACCAGACUUUAAAGCUACACUUUUACUUGAAUCUGGCAUACGAAUUCACACGACAGAAUUUGAAUGGCCUAAGAAUAUGAUGCCGUCUAGUUUUGCUAUGAAGUGCCGAAAACAUUUGAAGAGUCGGAGAUUAGUCAGUGCAAAACAGCUUGGUGUGGAUAGAAUUGUAGAUUUUCAAUUUGGAAGUGAUGAAGCUGCUUAUCACUUAAUCAUUGAGCUCUAUGACAGGGGGAACAUUGUUCUUACAGAUUAUGAGUACCUAAUUUUAAAUAUCCUAAGAUUUCGAACUGAUGAGUCAGAUGAUGUUAAAUUUGCUGUUCGUGAACAUUAUCCAAUUGAUCAUGCUAGAGCUGCCGAACCUUUGCUUACCUUGGAAAGAUUGACUGAAAUAAUAGCCAGUGCACCUAAGGGUGAACUACUGAAGAGAGUUCUUAACCCAUUACUUCCCUGUGGACCAGCUCUCAUUGAACACUGUCUUAUAGAAAAUGGAUUCUCUGGCAAUGUCAAAGUGGAUGAAAAAUUUGAAAGUAAAGAUAUUGAAAAAGUACUUGUUUGUCUUCAGAAAGCAGAAGAGUAUAUGAAAACAACAUCCAACUUCAGUGGAAAGGGGUAUAUCAUUCAGAAAAGAGAAAUAAAACCAAGCCUGGAAGUAGAUAAACCAACCGAAGACAUACUCACGUAUGAGGAAUUUCAUCCUUUCUUGUUUUCUCAAUAUUCACAAUGUCCAUAUAUAGAAUUUGAAUCAUUUGACAAGGCCGUAGAUGAAUUUUAUUCCAAGAUAGAAGGUCAGAAAAUAGAUUUAAAAGCUUUACAACAGGAAAAACAAGCAUUGAAGAAAUUAGAUAAUGUCCGAAAGGAUCAUGAAAACAGAUUAGAAGCUCUUCAGCAGGCUCAGGAAAUAGACAAACUUAAAGGAGAGCUUAUAGAAAUGAACCUACAAAUAGUUGACAGAGCCAUUCAGGUUGUUCGAAGUGCUUUAGCCAACCAGAUAGACUGGACAGAAAUCGGGUUAAUUGUGAAAGAAGCCCAAGCUCAAGGAGACCCUGUUGCAAAUGCAAUCAAAGAACUAAAACUACAAACAAAUCAUGUUACAAUGCUGCUAAGAAAUCCAUACUUGUUAUCAGAGGAGGAAGAUGAUGAUGUUGAUGGUGACAUCAGUACUGAGAAAAAUGAAACCGAACCACCAAAAGGAAAAAAGAAAAAGCAAAAGAAUAAACAACUGCAAAAGCCUCAGAAAAAUAGGCCAUUGCUUAUUGAUGUUGAUCUCAGCUUGUCAGCAUAUGCCAAUGCCAAAAAGUAUUAUGAUCACAAGAGAUAUGCUGCUAAGAAAACACAGAAGACUGUUGAAGCUGCUGAGAAGGCAUUCAAAUCAGCAGAAAAGAAAACAAAGCAAACCUUAAAAGAAGUCCAGACAGUUACCUCCAUUCAGAAAGCAAGAAAAGUGUAUUGGUUUGAGAAAUUCCUCUGGUUCAUUAGCUCAGAGAACUAUCUAAUUAUUGGUGGACGAGAUCAGCAACAGAAUGAAAUAAUUGUGAAAAGAUACUUGACACCAGGGGACAUUUAUGUACAUGCUGACCUUCAUGGAGCAACUAGCUGUGUAAUUAAGAAUCCAACAGGAGAACCAGUUCCCCCUCGGACCUUGACUGAAGCUGGCACAAUGGCACUUUGCUACAGUGCUGCUUGGGAUGCACGAGUUAUCACUAGUGCUUGGUGGGUGUACCAUCAUCAGGUGUCUAAAACAGCACCAACUGGAGAAUAUUUGACAACAGGAAGCUUCAUGAUAAGAGGAAAAAAGAAUUUCCUUCCUCCCUCACAUCUAAUGAUGGGAUUUAGCUUCCUCUUUAAGGUAGAUGAGUCUUGUAUUUGGAGACAUCGGGGUGAACGAAAAGUCAGAGUGCAGGAUGAAGACAUGGAGACACUGGCGAUUUGCACAAGUGAACUCAUAUCAGAAGAAAUGGAACAACUAGAUGGAGGUGACAGUAGCAGUGAAGAAGAUAAAGAGGAAUUACAUGAAAAUCCUGCGGAAGUGGAACUUGUGACUCAGGUUGACCAAGGGGAUAUUACUAUUCAGAGUGGUGGUGAUGAGCUAAAUGAACUAAUUCAGGAAGAAAGCUCUGAAGAUGAAGGAGAAUCUGAGGAGGUGGUAAAACAUCAGGAACCUGUUGGUGAAAUGAAGGAUGAAGGGGAAGAGACAUUACAUUAUCCUGAUACUUCCAUUGACUUGUCCCACCUUCAAUCCCAAAGGUCUCUCCAGAAAUUGGCUUCAAAAGAGGAAUCUUCUAAUAUGAGCGACAGUAAAUUGCAGAGCCGGAGGCAUUUGUCAGCCAAGGAAAGAAGGGAAAUGAAGAAAAAAAAGCUUCCAAGUGACUCAGGGGAUUUAGAAAUGAUAGAAGGAAAGGACAAAGAAAAAGAAAAUGUUCUACACAUUGAAACUCAUCAGAACACCAGCAAAAAUGUCCCGGCUGUGCAGCCAAUGAAACGAGGACAAAAGAGUAAAAUGAAAAAAAUGAAGGAAAAGUACAAGGACCAAGAUGAAGAAGAACGUGAGCUCAUCAUGAAAUUGCUAGGGUCUGCAGGUUCAAACAAAGAAGAAAAAGGGAAGAAGGGGAAGAAAGGUAAAAUAAAGGAUGAACCAGUGAAGAAACAGCCCCAGAAACCUAAAGGCGUACCAAGAGUUUCAGACAGCAUAAAGAAAGAAACUCCAUCCCUUGAAGUUACAACUCAUGAGUUACAAGACUUGGCUGUAGAUGAUCCACAUGAUGACAAGGAAGAGCAAGAUCUGGACCAACAGGGAAAUGAGGAAACUCUGUUCGACUCUUUGACGGGGCAGCCACACCCUGAAGACGUGCUCCUGUUCGCCAUUCCAAUAUGUGCCCCAUACAACACCAUGACAAACUAUAAAUACAAAGUGAAACUUACCCCUGGAAUUCAGAAAAAGGGAAAAGCUGCAAAAACAGCCUUGAAUAGUUUCAUGCAUUCCAAGGAAGCAACAGCAAGAGAAAAAGACUUAUUCCGCAGUGUAAAGGACACGGAUUUAUCAAGAAACAUUCCUGGCAAAGUGAAAGUGUCUGCACCCAAUCUUCUGAAUGUAAAAAGAAAAUAGCUGAAAUGAAAUCCUAAAAUAUUUGAGAAGAGUCAAUUUUAUAUAGCCUUUUGGAAGUUCAGAGAUGAAAACAUCAUGUAACAAGACUUCCGCAUUUAAAAAUGAACUAAACGUUGCCUUGUAUUCGCCAAAAGGACUUAUUGUUGUUGUUUUUUUUCCAGUUUUAUAGAGAGGAAACAGCGUCUAUGAUAGGAUUUCCUAAAAUACCUGUGGACAGCUAAAUGCUAAUUAAUUGUAUACAUCUGUAGUUAUCCUCCUACAUUUUCUUGAAAUUUGGGAGGUUAAUAUUAAGUAUUCAUUUCAUGCUGUAAAGAAAUGGAAUAGUGAAGUGGCUCAACUGCUUAGACUAUUGACUUGGUAGUUUACUGUAUAUAACGUAUAUCAUCUAUUACAGGCCAAUCACAAGUUUUUUUCCUGGUGGUGGUGGGGAUUGGGGGUGGUUAAAUUUAGGAUUAAGUCUUGAAAACCCUAAGCAGUGAAAGAGUAGACUUUCUUCUGCCUUUACCCAUAUUAGACCAGAUUUUAAAUACAAAUCAGUCAAUCAUUUCCAUGACUGACUCAGCUUAAGAGAUAACACCUAGAAGAAAUUGGUGUUGAUAAUUUCCAUGCAUUUAUACACCUUUACUUUUCAUCUUAAUUUCUUCCUUGUAAUCUCAUUCAGCUCUGUACCAAUUUAUUUUCCACUUCUAGUAAUUAUCAGUAGCAUGUUACAGAGUAUCUUAACCUAUAAUAUCAUAAGUGCACUUUUAGGCUUACCACUAAAGACUCCUGACCAGCUUUCUUCUUCUGUCUGUCUGUCUCCUAACAGAAUGGAGAAUAAAGUCAUACAUUAUUUCCAUUCCUUAUGAGCUACAAAACUGUUACUUUUAAAAUAAUUAAUUAGAUAACAGCUGCCUAGAGUCAACAUGAGCACGUGCCCCAGCCCCUAUGCCGAAGCAUUAAGGUCAAAAAGUACUAAACAGCUGUUGGUCCUUCCAAGGUUUCUUUUACCUGCUUAACCUUAUCGAGAAUAUUUUUCCUUUUGAAGUUACUGUUAAAAACAAAAAGCUUUACGUAGCCUAGUGUUGUAAAUACAACAUAAUAGACUACUGUGCCAUUUAAAAAACAUCUGAAAUAUUCAUGUCUUUAAAAAAUAACUUCACCAUUUUGAUAAUGGUAAGGAUAAUUAGUAUAAUGUUUCUACAGGUAUAUAUCCUGAUGUUACCAAAUAGGAAAUAUAAUAACCAUUUUUUGGGGUAAAAAGCCCAAGUAUUAACUUACUUUUGUUUUAAUAGAAGACAGUUACUGGUGUUAAAUACAUUUAUUGUAAACUUUAGACACAAAAAUAGGUUCUCUAGGCCAUUCACAUGCACACUAAAACUAAAAAGCUGCAAACUACAACAAUGCACAUAAUUAUAUAAACAAUGUCACUCUGAUGUUUACAGAAUUGCUGUCCAUGCAAGUGAUCAGAGGCACUGUCUAUGAAGCCUUAAGAUCCAGAAGUGUUGUUACUACCGAACCUCUGAUUAACACUGUGAAGUAAGUGUUUUGGAAGGCAGUUCCACGAGCUGGCUAACAUUUCUUUAAAGCAAAUGACUGCUUCUAAGCUUAGCCUGAAAGUGGACAAAGAAAGAGAAAAAUAAUUUCACUUUACGGUUUAGAAGUACAUUCACUUGAAGAACUACCAAAAAAGAAAAAACACUUUAAAGAUUUUCAUAGGAACUGGAUAGUUUUAUCAGUGAAGGCUUGCUAUUGCCCUUAAAUUAUCCAUAAAUCUGUUUUUUCAAGAGCACUAAUUUGAAGUGUUUAAGAAACACAAUUUAAAGUAAGUACCAAGUAAAAAGUUACUUACCUUACAAGAGAUUUUGGUUGAACUGAAAAUAUAAGUAUUUCAUUACUGUGUGCCUGAAAAACAGACAUGAAGGAUAUAUUAAAAGUACUUCACAAGAAAGCUUCAGCAAUAUUAUGAAGUGUCCUUUAAUAAAGGGUAGUGUACUUACAGCCCUGUGAUGGACGAGAAGGUUAUUGGCACACCCACCAAACACAAUGACUUCUCCUUCAUCACUGGCACAAGCUGUAUGCCAUAAUCUACAUUUAAAACAAAAACCUGAGUUUGAAGUCACCCUGAACACCAAACUGAUCAUUUAUACUACAGAAUAGAGAUGAUGAAAUAAAGACUAAAGAUCUUUAGUGCAGCCCAAAACAUAAUGGUGAGAUGCAGUUAUCUCAAGGAAACGUAGCAAAAGCUAGAAAAAUCAAUGUCUGUUUUAUCUGGAUGUUACCAUUUUAUCUUUCUGGUCCAUUCCUAAUUUAUGCAAUGAGGAAUCUGAACUGACCUGUUCUCUAGGUUUUUGUUAGCAAUAAAAGUCUUACGGGGGA